UCUAGGCAAGCGCCAUAUUGGUUUGGGACGAACACAUCCUGCAAGUUGUGCGACUCGUCUAUGGCAAUAAAGCUGCAAAUCACAUCCUGGUUUAACGACCGCAUACAUUGGGAAGAGCAACUGAGAAUUUUAGCCAACAUUUGAAAUAACAUCCAAGGUUUUGGAGUAGUAUUAGAACUAAUCAACAACUCUGGCUCGCGUGAGCUAAAAUCUGCAGCAGUGCUUUUCUGCCUGGUGCCUCGGUCCGAUUCUUACCUGAGAUUUGUAGUGCGGCGGUGUUUUGCUGAAGUAGUUACUAUUGCUUAUUGUUGGUCGAGCACCGGAUCACCAAAUGAAUUAAAUCUAGUAUGGAGACGGUAUGUGCCGAGAGCGUGCGCACUCUACGACAGAAAGGGUGAUGUACUAGACCCUUUUUACAGUUCCAAGAAGGUUUCAUAAAGGAUGGAAACACAGCCAUCGGAGCUCCAAGUUCAAGGUCAGCAUCUGAUUCAGCGGUGUGUAAUAAUCCAGCGUGACGAGAAGGGCUAUGGCUUGACUGUGACUGGAGACAACCCGGUCUAUGUACAGUCAGUCAAGGAUGAUGGGGCCGCACAACGGGCUGGUGUUCAAGUUGGUGACCGAAUCAUUAAGGUCAAUGGUACAGUGGUGACACAUCUCAACCAUAUUGAAGUUGUGAACCUCAUCAAGUCGGGAUCAUAUGUUGCUCUGACGCUGCUUGGAAAACCACCUUCAUCCUUUUCCUCUGCAUCUUCCCAAGAUAAACAACCUGUGUCUCCUCCUGCAACACCGCGAGACCCCUGUAAAGAUGAGAAGACUAUGUCUAUACGGAGGGUAUUGGACCAGGAACGACAAUUCUAUGAGAAAACCAGAGAAGAAUACAUGAAGAAACCCUCUGAAAAACUGCAAAAACAGCUUGCAGAGUCUACCACAAGGAUCAAAGCUUUCGAUGCUGAGCUUGGUGCUCUAAUUGGGGUAGAGAAUGUCAAGAGUACCCCACUUGGAGGGCCUCAAUCAGCUCCACCCGGUCGACUAUCAGCCCCUACCAACUUAUUUCGAUCAGCGUCUGAUUCUGAUUGGUCAGAAGUUAGGGAUGUAAAUAAUGGACUUCCCCCUCAACCUCCAAUGAGGAAAUACCACAACAAGGCCGACCAGCUUGCUUCUCAGCUUCAAAAUAAGUCUAGCACUCUCCCGGGGAGAAUUAGACACCAGAUUUGUCCUGAAGGGCCAAGCCACCAGCGACAGCACUCAAGUCCGGAUGCGUUCUUUCGACCUGAGGGGGAGGGUGGUGGGCCAAAGAGCAACCGGGACAAGAAGCACAGUCUGGAGGACGUGUCUCACUUUGGUGGUCUCACACCCUCCUCCCCUUCACAGAUAAGAAAGUUGCUACUGGAUAAGAGGAAGGUAACCAUUUUUAAUUUCAAAAAGUCACCAUCACUACCAUCAGCCUGGACACCAGACACAGUCGAGCGCAAGUCCAGUACAUCCUCGACAACACCAACACCUAGUGAGAUGGAGCCUGCUGAAAAGCGCAACCGCAGCGAGACUACAGAAUCGUUAGCCGAUGAUGAGUCAGGGUCCACCUCGACGGAGAGCACCAAACCUGAAAUCCCAGUCAACAUGCAGAUCAUCUCGCAAGAAGACGACGAGUUUCAGUCAGAUGAGGAGAAGUUUGGUGACGACCAUGGCCCAUUCAAUGAUCUGGAGAUACUGAAGAACAAACCUGCUCACUUGGCGGUCUUUCUUCACUAUCUCAUCUCCAACAGUGACCCCAGUAGCUUGUUUUUCUGGCUGGUGACUGAAUCAUAUAGAGACGGAAACUUGAAGGAGAUGAAGAAAUGGUCUUACGAGAUCUAUUCUACAUUUCUCGCUGAGAAAGCUCCAUUGAAAAUUGUUAUUGACCGUGGCAUUGUUCAAGCCAUCGAGUCAACGCUUGGUAAAGAUUGUAGUGAAGAAUGUAUAAGGAAUCUUUUCAUCCCCGCCAGGUCGGCAUGUUCAGAAGAGAUAAAUGAACUUCUUGCGGACUUCCGAAAUAAAAGAGCUUUAGGAUUAGGAAGCCUAUUUGGUGACCAUCAAUUAGAAGAUGAUAACAUGGACAAAAGUAAAGAAAUGAGUGUUGUUGAACAAACUCUUAUGCCACAUUUAGAUAAUUUAAUGGCUGAGCUGGACUCAACCACAUCAAAUACUGCGACCAGCUCACAGUAUGAUAGAAACUCUGCCAUGGCCUCAGCACUUACAACCUUCAUGAAGCAGACAGGUCUCUCAUUGAAGGCGGGGUCAAGUUACGGAAACAUUUUGGAAAGAUGUUCCAGUUUUACACAAAAAGAGAACAAAUCACUGUUCAAGAUUAAAGGAAGUAAAAAGAUAAAAGGGCAUCACUUUGUGAGCACACACUAUACAAGUACAACAUUUUGUAAUCACUGCUCCAACCUGCUGUGGGGGAUCGGUGAUCAAGGUUACCAGUGCUCAAUAUGCGAGUUCAACGUACACAAAGUUGGUUGUUUGGAAAGUAUUGAAGAGAUGUGCCCAGGCCCCAAGAAGCGAAAACAGCAAAAAGUCAAUGGUUUGUCAACAAGAAGAGGGAUAAACCCCCGACGAACUAGUGCGCCAAAUCCUGACGCGAUCGAGCAGGCGCAUAACCGUCACGUGUCUAACGUCGUUCACCUUGUACCUACCGUAAACCAAACGGGUAAAGACAAAGACAAGGAUGCAGAGUCUAACGACUUCCGGUCUGAAGAUGGCAGGAAGAAACAAGGAUCAUUCGAUGAGGAAAUUUUAUCUUCAAGGAGAGACAGGUCAGUUAACGCGAGCCUGGACAGUUUUAACAGACCCGAGGAAGGAAUCGACCUUGGCUCCACCUCGGAAGGCGAGGACAGGUCUAUAUCGUCACCUGAUGAGUUAACGAUACCAACAUCGGCAACAGCAACGAAAAAAAGCGAGCUGUUUUCAACACCCCGCAGAUUCGCCCGUCCUGUCAUACGAUCAGAGAGUGUCAAGACCCCGAAAGAGAUGAUCCGAAAAAAGCCUAUCGUGUCUGGAGGCAUCAUGCACAGGUCUCGGAAAUCCGUCGCUGGCGGAGAUGUCUUUGCGCGCGAGGUGGAUAUGUCUGAGUCUGCGCUGAAUCUGAAUUACGGUCGUGGUGUUGACUCACCGACAGCGGGGCUAGAUACACUGUCAGAAGACGAGAGACGUGCUCGCUCACGUUCUCCUGUUUUCCCAUCUGCAGAGGAAGAGGAAUUCGACUCCGAUAUGGAAGCUGAUACACAAGCACCAUGGCAACAAACUGUUGAUAAAAAGACAAUAAAGAAACUCAAGCAGAAAGAAAUCAAGCGUCAAGAAUUUAUACAUGAACUCAUUUAUACUGAAAAAACUCACGUUAGAAAUCUUAAAGUCUUAGACAAAGUAUUCCACAAACCUAUGAAAAAGAUGAACAUCAUGCCGUACGAAUACAUCAAAAAGCUCUUUCCUAACCUACAAGAACUCAUCGAAAUUCACGGCGAUCUACUUCAGUCGAUGAAGAAGCGAGAGGCAGAAGGGGAGGUGAUCCAGUGUAUUGGCGACAUUAUGCUCAAUAGGUUUGAUAACGAGGCUGGCGAGGCUGCUAAGCAAGCUUGCGCCACAUUUUGUAAUUACCAAAAGAACGCUCUGGAAGAGCUACGCCAAAGACAGAAAAAGGACCCCAAACUCCUGCAAUUUAUUAUGAACUGCGAAGCAAGUCCCUUGUGCCGGAGAUUAAAACUUAACGAGAUUAUUUCAACUAGUUAUCAAAGAUUAACAAAAUACCCGCUUUUGCUUGAAGGAAUCGGUAAAAACACUCCUAGUUCACUGCCUGAUAGCAGGGAUAUAGAAAGAGCAAUACAAUGUGCAAAGGAUCUUCUCGCCUUUGUCAAUCAAAGUGUAAAAGAAUGCGAAAAUCAACAAAGACUAGAAGAGUUCCAGAAAAAAGUGGACAGAAAACCAAUGGACAGCGCCACUAAUAAACAGAUGGAGGAAUUCAAGACGCUUGAUUUUUCCAAGAAAAAGCUUAUUUAUGAUGGUCCCCUCACGUGGCGGAUUAGUAGAACAAAAUCUAUAGACCUCCAUGUGCUUCUACUAGAAGACCUACUGGUGAUCCUACAGAAGCAGGACGAUCGACUCGUACUCAAGUGUCACUCUACCAACAUGACAACAGGCUACCAGGAAAAAACUACACAUAGCCCUAUUAUCAAGCUGAACAACGUACUCACGAGAAACGUCGCCACAGAUAAGCGAGCGUUUUUUCUCGUCGGAACCUCGUCGGUUGGACCGCAGAUUUACGAACUUGUGGCCGCCACCAUAACGGAGCGGAAAAAUUGGUAUAAGCAUAUUACUGAUGCUGCUGAAGCUUUUAAAGGAAGAGAGCGCGGUAGAAGAGGUGGAGUCUCGCUUGCAGGUCCACGCUCAGACAUUGACUCCGCCCCGAUGAACCCCCCUCUGCGGCAGAGGAGAGGGGCGUUACCGCCCCCAGGCAUCCCACUCACACCCCCGGAGAACCUGGACAAGAAAGACGACGAUGAUGGUGAGACGGGAGAUGAGUCGCUGUCUCCUGGACCGGAGGAGGACUCCACCAAGAAGAGAAACACGUCACCCGAUAUACGGAUAGAGGAUAUCUCGCAAGCACCCCCUGCGCCGCAGGAUGAGAGCACCUCAAGUCGCGCGGUUCCUCGGAUCGAGGAGCCUGUUAAUGAGCCUGAGGUAGAGGACCCCCAAGAGGAGGCUGACACGGAGACCGAGACGGAACCGGAAACGGCGGAAGAGGUGGAGAGUGAUGAGCCCCUCCCUCCUCCCCCACCUCCUCCCAUUCCGGAUGAUGACGGGGAUGAUACGGAUAGCACACAGCUGCCCAAUCCACCGCCUGAUAUGCAGCUUCCCGACCCUCCCCCUCCGAUCACAAUCAACGUCCCCCCUAUGUACGACCGCCCGUGCACCAUCGCCGACCUCACGAACGAGGAGAGCGUCGACGAGAAGUCUCCGACUCACACGAAUGCGUAUUCGGAAUCCGGAUGGUCAUCGAGUUCCUCAUCAAACGAGACGAUGAAGAUUCGGAACGGCUUCGGCCAGGGUUCCGGCGAGGAGCAAGAUGACAGCAGAAGCGUUAGCUCAAACAGGUCGUCGUUAGAACUGUUAGAACAACUUCGCGGUAAAGAUGAAGAUCUGAAGAGAACGCUAGAGGACAAGGCGAGAAUCAUAGCUGAACUAAGGGGUUCGACUAUGACGACCGGUCUGUCUUCAAAUGAGGGCAAUCUAAAUGGGGACCCUCUGGAAGCCAGGGACCUCAUCCUGGCGGCCAUCUUGCAAGCGAACCGGCUGACGGUUGCCGUGAGCGAUGUGUUAAGUCCGGGGCCUGGGGAGGAUUACAGUCGGUCCUACUCGAUGACGUCACUCGAUCGUUCGGAUGGAGAGAACAUGUGUUCGCCACAGCAGCAGCUUGUGUUAUCGACGUCCAUACUAAACGAGCAACUUACUACCCUUCUGGGAAUAAUCACUGAGAGAGACAUGGCGAGGGAAAGGUUACGGUGCGAUCUUCAGCUCGCCAACACACAAAUCCAGAGACUGAAGCAGGGUCGUACAUCCUCCCGGCGCAGUCGCGAAAGCAGUAGUAGUAACUACCUCUCUCACGAUGACGGCUACUCGGGCUUCAGAGUAGACUCACCUCGGCCCACUUCCCCGACGAACACGGCCGACAUAGACUCAGGUAUCCCAUCAGAUUAUGCACCUUUAUCUGAAGCAAGCACAAGUGACUGGUUAUCAGAAGAUAAUAUGGAAGUCAAUCGCUCAUCGUCGUUCAGUGGCUACAGGACUAGAAGCUCCUUUGCCACGAGUGGUUAUCGCUCCUCAACAGGCUCGUCUGCUGCGCGCCAUACUCGCCACAGGAUACCCUCAAACAAAACGUACUGGAGUGACGACCCAGACUACGAGUCCCAAUUUUAGCUUCCCCGAUCCGCGCAGGACUGGAUCCAAGCGAAGCGUUAGGCUUUAUUUAAUAAUUAGCAAAUCAUAUAUAUAUAUAUAUUAUAUAUAGGUAAAUAAUUCUUCUUAGCCCUUUAAUUUUUCUUCCUGUAUGUGGGCUAGUAGCCCCGCAUGUUCGUAUUAAUAAGGGUUAUAAAAAACAUUCCUGUGUAGAGACAAUUCUCGAAUCGUUUGCUUCAUUCUAAGGGCGCAUUGCAAGACAGCUUGCAGGACUAGACUCAGAUCGCAGUUAUUAGAGAGUUUUUGCAUCAAACACUCAAAAAUCAAUUCAACUAAAAACGCCUUUUCGUGUCAACAUGACCAAAUCUAGAGAUGAAGUUUGUAACAGCUUUUGGGGAUAUUCCUGCUACAUUAUUACUUUGUUGUAAAUAAAGUAAUAAAUCACUUUUAAAUGGA